GUUUCGAAAGUUCGAAACCCUAAAACCCUAAAACAAUUUCUUUUUAACUCUCCUUUUAGAAUAACAUCCUCUGCCAUUUUGAUCACAACCCAGGGCUAUAUUUCUGAGUUUUCAUCUCUCGUUUUGUAUUUCCUGGGUCUGUGUACAGAUUAACUAAGAAAAAAUGAAGACAAUCAUCGCGUCAGAAACAAUGGACAUCCCAGAGGGAGUAAAAGUUGAAAUAAAGGCCAAGAUGAUCAGAGUUUCAGGCCGCCGGGGCACACUUACCAGAAAUUUUAAGCACUUGAAUCUUGAUUUUCAGCUCACUGAAAAGGGCAGGAAAUUGAAGGUGGAUGCCUGGUUUGGAUCCAGGAAAACAAUGGCAGCUAUCAGGACUGCACUGAGCCAUGUCCAGAAUCUAAUCACUGGUGUCACCAAGGGAUACAGUUACAAGAUGAGGUUUGUGUAUGCUCACUUUCCCAUUAACGCCAGCAUCGGAAACAACAGCACCAACAUUGAGAUCAGGAAUUUUUUGGGAGAGAAAAAGGUGAGGAAGGUCGAUCUCUUAGAGGGUGUUACUAUUACCAGGUCAGAAAAGGUCAAGGAUGAAUUGGUUUUGGAGGGAAAUGAUAUUGAGUUGGUGUCAAGAUCUGCUGCUUUGAUAAAUCAGAAAUGCCAUGUGAAGAACAAGGAUAUUAGGAAGUUUCUGGAUGGUAUUUAUGUGAGUGAGAAAGGCAACAUUGCUUUAGAGUGAACGGCAGUUAAAAAUUUUUCUCAACCAAUUUUAGGAUUCAAACUUUGUUUUUUAGGUGAAUUUGAGAAGCGGGUUUGCGAACAUGGCCCUAUAAAGUACUAGUUUUUAUUUUUAACAUUUUGUUAGGUUAUGUCAAUUUUGGACUUGAUUUUGCUGUGAAAGGAACUCCAAAUUUGCAGGGGGCCUGCUUGGUUACUGUUGUAACAUAGUUUCUAGCAACAUAAAUAUUGCAAUGGUUCUACACGGGCCUGUAAAGCACUAGGUUUUAUUUUAACAUUUGUCAGGUGAUGCCAAUUUUGGAUUUAAUUGUGCUGUGAAAGAAACUUCAAAUUUGUGGGUGGCCUGCUUGACUAUUGUUGUAACUUAGUUUAUAGCAAUGGUACUACAUGGAGGGCUUAUAAGAUGCUUUUAUUUUAACAUUUA